AUGGCACGGUACAAGGAGAUCUUCGUAAACUCUUUAGAUGAAGAUGUUAAGUGUUGUUUCUGCCAUUUACCUCUACGUGAACCCGUUCAAACAAGAUGUGGACACAGAUUGUGCCGUGAGUGUCUCGAGGAACUAACACAGUCGACGGAAAAGUAAGAAAAAUUUGAUGUAUUCAAAGCUACAGGGAAAGCUUAUUUAUAUUGUGCUUGUAGAUUAGUUGGUAUUCUUAAAAAGAUGUAAUCCUCUUUCCCCUUUAUUUUGUGGGAAAUUAAAAGUGCAGGAAUGGUCAAUAUCUCCGGGUUUCAUAGAGGAUAGUACGGGGUUCAAAAAAUGGAGAAAAAUUGUUCCUCGACACUUAAUAAAUAAUAUUCAUCAUGUCGUGGGCAUGCCUGAUUUUUUAAGUGAUCGAGAGAGAUAAUAGGUGGUUUUCAUGCAAUCUCGGGAGACGCAAAUAACAAUGGUGAAAUGAACAAAUGCUGGUGGACAAACAAAGCGAGCUAAUGAGCGAUCUUUUGUUUACCGUCCACCAGCAUGGCGGCGAUGACGAAACGUGAAAACCACCUAGGUAUAUCAUAUUGUUUCUUGCUUUUUCUUUCGUUGAGAUUACCUUUUUUCGACCAAUUUUCACGUGAUUCCCAAAUGUUUUGAUGGGCGGGGUCUUCGUUUUUGUGAUUAAUCUACUUUUUUAACCGAAGCUUCGAGUCAAAUUUGUUGGUGAUUGUAGAUCUUGUUGUUCCUUAAUAUACAGUACAAUCUGAGUUGGCGACUGUUUCAAGCUAAUUUUCAAGUGAUUUUAAGGAAGUAUUUGUCUGUUGUAUAGUGAGACGUGGUCUGGCAUUGUUACAGGGGUUCAAGUUGCACACCCCUGCCAAAAAUGUGCUAAAGGCCUCCCCUCAGCUAGCAAGAAAAAUAAAGGCUCUGGUGGCAGGUUUUCCUGGGGUAAUCCCCAUAAAGAUGACAGGAGUGCAUGUUGGACAAUUUUCACAACACCCCUAAGGGUGAUCAUUUUAUGGGCAUGGCUAAAGUUGAUUCAUUCACACUCAUAAGAGGUACCAAAUUAAAUAAACAACAAAUUAAUAAACUCUUCCAAUUGGCAGUGUUUUUGCAUAAAGGCUCGAUGCCUUGUACCACACAGAAAACACACAAAAGGUAAUGGGCAAAAUUCUGGUGGUAGGAAAGCGCAUAAAUCUAGGGGUAAGGGGACCAGGAGAGAAGCCCUCCUGGGGGGAGACAAGAUCGAGUGGUACCAGGGGUAGCCAACCUGGACAGGAGUCCUGAUCAGUCUACCGGGGUGAGGCCCAUAUCCCCCAGUCUUUAGGAACUAAGGGGAACCAGGAGGGGUGGCCCUCCUGGGUGGAGUACAGAUCAGGUGGGACCGGGGGUCCACACCCUGGAGUGAACUUAACUGGUACUGACAAAUUUUGGUUGACUAUUUACUUGACUAACAAAUAAAUCCCUUCAAAUUUACGAUUCAACUCUGUUACCCUUGUAAGGUUCUGCAGCAAACCUAAUAGCCACAAAUUUUGACCCUGAAAGGUACAAAUGAUGAUCCUUGUCAUUUUUGAGGAGAGUAAUCCUUAAGGGCAGGAUCAGUUUAAAUUAAUUCAAAGUUUGUGUAUUGAUCAAUGUUUGCAGGGAUGACAAGUCAGACAAUGAUGAUCUGUUUUCUUUUACUUGCCCAGUGGAUAAUGUGAAGUUGGAUUGUGACAUUGUAAGUAUAUGUCUGUUAACUAAUUCACUAAUUGUUUUUCUUGUUCAUGAAGUUAUUUUUACGAUCUUGCCUUUCUGCUUGCCUUUGUUCAUAGGACACCUUCCCUGACAAAGCAACAGAGAGAAAGAUUGUGUCCUUGAUCAUUUGGUGUCCAAAUGGUUCCUGUGAGUGGACAGGACCACUUGGGGAAAAACAAGUAAGACUGCUUAACUUGCUAAGUGAUACCCUUGAAUAAUAAAUAUUCUCCCAGUUUUUCUCCCUUGCACAACAUAUACUGACUGGGGAUUUUAAUAAGUGGUAAGAAAAUCUUACACCAACUUGCAGACAUUGCUGUGCAAUUUUUAUACCUUCAGUGAUUUCAAUGCACAUUUUUAAGGACUGCCCAUGAGGUGUUCAGCUGGUUGAUGUUAUUGAUCAUGUACAUUAUACAUUCUCUAUUUUCCAAUUCCCCAUAAUACACUCUGUUUGCCCCCCAAAUUUUGCAUAAACCAUUGUUUUUAAAUGCUCCUGGGAGUAUUGCAUUUUCCCAAGAGCAUUUUAAGACAAUAAGUUAUACAAAAUUUGGGGGGCAGACAGAGUGUAUUAUGGGGAAUUGGAAAAUAGAGAAUAAAGUACAUGUGCUUUACCUAAAAUUUUCCUAAGAUACAUGACUGUAAAAAUUGUGUUGCCAGGAGUCUUACACUGUUUAUCCUAGACUGUCAUUGAACCUGAAAAGAACAAUAUAUUCAAACAUACAAUGCAGUUAAUUAAUUUUCAUGCACUUUUAAUAAAUAAAUCUAGGACACCCACACAUUCGCAAAAUAUUUUUGUGCAUGCUUUUUAUUUGUAUUUCUUAUUACAUGCACAUGCAACAUGAGAUAAAUAUUACUGACAUUACAUUGUUUUGUUCAAUAACAGAAACACCUGGAUUAUUGUCUCUUGCUUGUUGUCUCUUGUACAAAUGAGAACUGUAAAGAGACCAUGGUGAGAAAGGAUCUGGAUGAACAUGUGACUGUCACAUGUCAAUGGAGGAUGAUACACUGUUCACACUGUAGUGUUGCACUCGCUAAAUACUACGAAGAGGUAAAACCAUCACCUAUUAAAUAAUAGAAGCUGACAAGUAAGCGUGCUGUUAAAUUUUUCUCCAUAUCAUUUUGAUUAUUCAUAAUUGACCAACUUUAGAGCCCUGGCGCCAGGUGAUCAAACCUUGGAUAGUGCCUUCCGCUGAUCCAGUAGCCUCCCCGCAGACGUCCUUUGGGGUUCGUUUGUCACGUAUUCAUUUCUACCCCACGGACGUCUGCUAAACACAGCCGACAUUUACGUUCUGGAUUGUUUGAAUAAGCCAAAAAGCGGUCAGUCAUUGUGUCACGAUCAGCCAAUCACGGGCUGUGAUAUAACAGGAACGGUACCUGGUGCGAAUUAUUUCCCGCGAAAAGAGAUCGCUUGAGAGGAAUAUUUGUUCGACCGUAAAAUACGGCUUAAGUGAUUCCAUAUUCUCAUUCCAUGCCUAUGUAUGGAUCAGACUCCGGCGAAAGUUGUGAAAAGCGAAUUUUUUUGUUUUCUUUGCGGCUGUAAUUUAGGAAAGGACCGAGUUCGUGUGUUUGGCAAAAGCGCAGUCGACAUUGCAGGGCUCAUCAAACGUACUCUGGACGUUGAUGUGUCUGUGUAUUCUUCCAGAGGAAUAAUUGUUUUAGUAAAAUCCAACUACGGUCAGAAAUAUCGAGACAAAACAACAUAAGCUUGCAAAACGCGACUCGAUCGCCAUUGUUUUGGUUUUCUAAGCCGGCGCUUUUCGUUACUAGUGGGCUAUAACAUAUAUCCUAGUAGUAGCUCAACCAGUCAGAACGCAGCAUUAAUAAUAGACCACUAGUUGGAUUUUACUAAUAUUUUUAAGACCGGUCCAUGUAAGAGGAGUUGGGGAAAUUGCGUGAAAUUAUUUCACUUCUUGCUAGCGGUUGCCAAAGGGUUAUAAAGACAAAUUUAAUCAUGAUUGUUGUCUCUAUCUUCUUUCAAGGAGCACAUAAAUCUGUGUGCAAAGUACCCUGCUGAGUGUCCUAACGCUUGCGGUGUGGCAAUUUCGCGAGAAAAGGCCGAAGGGCUCUAGUUUAGGAUAUUAAAGUGCCAUAUUUUGUUUUCCAGUCUAAAUUUUCGUUGAUGCUGUGAACUGUUGUUAGUUGAGAGUUUAAGCUUCACGUAUACCGGGAACGGCAAACGUCAUAUUCAAGUUGAGAAUUUCUCAAAAUAAAAAAUGUGCAGAUAAAAACAGCUCAAAACAAUUUAUAUGGAUAAAAAAUUGCGUGAAACUAUUAUUUUAAUGGUAGAAAGUAAACAGUAAACGACAUGCAAGUAAAAGGGACUCACGUGGUACAAAUUCGCGUUUGCAGUUGAAAUCUUUAUUUCUCUCACAAUUGAAUUCACGUGCUGGAAGUUCAGUUUUUCAUCUUGUGCAGAAUGAGCUCCAACUGCAUAUGCUUGAGAUUUUCCACUUAUUAGAACUCGUUUGUCAUGGUCUCCUUAACCGGCGCUCACAAGCGGCAUUUGCUAGCGCGACUAUUUAGCCUUCCGCAGUCAAGAAUUGAUGAAGCUGAAUUUCUCUUGGGUCUGGUCCCCUAAGUUCAUGAUUUUCUCUCAUAGAUAACUGAUCACACUGAAAAUGACUGUCCUCUUGAGAUAGUAUCCUGUCCCUAUGUUCAUAUGGGGUGCGUGAUGUCAAGGUAAAUUUUAAUAAGUCUAGUGUGACGUUUUGAAACCGAUACCUGGAAAAGGCAAAAAUCUGGGCUAAUGAACAAGUGCUCAUUGCUGAAUUUACCAAACAUAAUCAAUCACUUCUCUGGUCGUAGAGAUCUCAAUUUGGAUGAAACAUGAGUGUGUUAGUUUUUUUGGAAUUUAUCGGAGUCAUGUGGGGUCGUCAACUACCACUGCAUACCUCAUACAAUUUGCCUGUGUUUUACCUUCUUCCGGCAUGUUGUGUUAAAAAAAAAACUGUUUAUUUAAGAUUCCAAAUCUUCGUUUUCCAAUGUGCAAACGUUUCCUUCGGGCUUUAAUAGCCCUUCAUAAUCUUGAAUGAUCAGCACCCUCAUCCGUAUAACGGUUCGGUUUUCCGUAAUAUCGCUCCGUUUUUUUGAAUGGUGUCCACUCCCACGUAAUUUUCUGUUACCAAACUUCAUGAAUAUGUCGCCUAUGAAUAUUGAUAGACAUCAAUAAAUUCAAUAAAGUUGUAUUAACUUAAAAAGUGAUAAAAAUGUAGCUGUUUUGACCCAUUGCUGCGGUAGACUUUAAUCCUCUCAGUUACAGUUUUUUUAAGCUAGAAAGCUAAGAUUGGCUACUUCAUUUUUUGCAGACUAAACGAAAUCAAGUUGAGUCACACCUGCAAUCGGCCACGAGUAAACACCUUGAGUUGGCCUGCUUAAACCUGCGUAGCACUCAAGAGGAGUUCAGAGAAAAGACAAGUAAACUGGAAGAAAAAGUGUCUGGGUUAGAGGAACAAAUUAUCGAAAUGAAAAAAGUAAACAGUUUUCUAUUCAAGAAGAUUGCUUCUCUUAGCACGACACACGAAUCAGUGCAUGAUGAGAAAGUAAGUAGUACACCUAUAGUCCCGAGUCUCUCGGGCUUUAAAUUGCCCGGCGANCUGCAAUCGGCCACGAGUAAACACCUUGAGUUGGCCUGCUUAAACCUGCGUAGCACUCAAGAGGAGUUCAGAGAAAAGACAAGUAAACUGGAAGAAAAAGUGUCUGGGUUAGAGGAACAAAUUAUCGAAAUGAAAAAAGUAAACAGUUUUCUAUUCAAGAAGAUUGCUUCUCUUAGCACGACACACGAAUCAGUGCAUGAUGAGAAAGUAAGUAGUACACCUAUAGUCCCGAGUCUCUCGGGCUUUAAAUUGCCCGGCGAACCCAUGGAAUUCAAUUUUAUGAAUGUAACUCCUCAGCUGUCUUGGAAGAUAAGUGGCAUCACUGAGAUGUUAAAACCACCUGAACCAUACGGGAAGACAGAAUUACAGAGCGAACCUUUCUACUCAUCUAUCAAUGGCUACAAAAUGAAAGUAUCUUUUUAUCCCAGGGGCAUGAAGAGCAACAAAAAUGGAUAUUCGUCAGUAUUUUUGGUCAUCAUGAAAGGGGAAUAUGACGAGGCAUUGUCAUGGCCUUUCCGUCAUAAAGUAGUUUUCACCCUAAUUGACCAAAAACGAGAUCCGGAGAAGAGAUCGAAUAGUUCCAUGGAGUUGAUUCCAGACCCUUCCAGGCAUGCCAAGAGUUGUGCAAAACCAACCCAAGUUGAAAAUCCUAGGUUUGGGUUUUGGUACUUUCAUUUGAUUUAUUCAGUUAUGAGCUAUAUUCUCGACGAUUCUCUAUUACUUGAAGUGAGGAUA